AUGCUGCGCUCUGCUGGGCGGCAGUUCCCACCGAGGCUGCCGGCCGCUGUCCGACGACACUAUGCCGCUGUCGCCAGCGCCACCACCCUGCCCGCCGUCGGCCAGCAGCUCCAUGGCUUCACCCUCAAGCGCGUCAAGCAGGUGCCCGAGCUGGAACUGACAGCCCUCCACCUCCAGCACGACAAGACAGGCGCCGAGUACCUGCACAUUGCCCGCGACGACACCAACAAUGUCUUCUCCAUCGGCUUCAAGACCAACCCGCCCGAUGCCACCGGCGUGCCGCACAUCCUCGAACACACCACCCUGUACCCCAUCCGCGACCCCUUCUUCAAGAUGCUGCCCCGCUCCCUGUCCAACUUCAUGAACGCAUGGACCUUCGCCGACCACACGGGCUAUCCCUUCGCCACGACCAAUGCCCAAGACUUCAAGAACCUCAUGUCUGUAUACCUCGACGCGACCCUGCACCCGCUUCUCAAGGAGAAUGAUUUCACCCAAGAGGGCUGGCGCCUGGGGCCCGAGAACCCGCUGGCCAAGGAAUCCGACGACCCAAACGCAAAGCGCAUCGUCUUCAAGGGCGUCGUCUACAACGAGAUGAAAGGCCAAAUGUCAGACGCAAGCUACCUGUUCUACACCAAAUUCCAGGAACAUCUCUAUCCCGCCAUCAACAACUCCGGAGGCGAUCCGCAGAAGAUCACCGACCUUAGCUGGGAGCAGCUGCGCAAGUUCCACGCCGACCACUACCACCCCAGUAACGCCAAGAUUCUCACAUACGGCGACAUGCCAUUGGAAGAGCACUUGAAAGAGGUGGACAGCCGCUUGAGCAGCUUUGGCAAGAUUGCCGUCGACCAGGAAGUCAAGGCACCAAUUACUCUCGACGCUCCUAAGAACGUCACCGUUCCCGGCCCCCUGGACCCGCUGGUGCCUCAGGACAGGCAGUACAAGACUUCGGUCACUUGGCUGAUGGGUGACACUGCUGAUGCUGUCGAGAACUUUGCGCUUGGUGUCUUGAGCAGCCUCCUCAUGAGUGGAUACGGAUCGCCCCUGUACCGUAAUCUUGUUGAAUCUGGACUCGGGGCCGACUUCAGCGCAAACACUGGCUACGAUAGUGCGGGGCGACGAGGUGUCUUUUCGAUAGGGCUGGAUGCGGUCAAGGCAGAUGACGUACCCAAGGUUCGCCAAGUUAUUGCAGAAACCCUGCUUGAAGCUCGGAAGAAUGGCUUCGACAAGAUCAAGGUGGAUGGCAUCCUGCAUCAACUUGAGCUCUCGUUGAAGCACAAGACAGCAAGCUUCGGCAUGGGCAUCCUCCAGCGACUCAAGCCAGGCUGGUUCAACGGCAUUGACCCAAUCAAUGCUCUCGCGUGGCAGGAAACCGUCGACGCCUUUCAGAACAAGUACGCCGAAGGAGACUACUUAGAGAGCCUGAUUGAAAAGUACCUCCUCACCGACAAUACACUGACAUUCACCAUGCAGCCUUCCGAGACAUUCAGCCAGGAGCUUGUAGACGAGGAGAGCCAACGACUAGCAGCCAAGAUUGCAGAGACUACCAAGCAGUUUUCGAGCGAGCAGGAGGCACAAAAGUAUCUAGAGGACCGCGAGCUUCAGCUGCUACAGGUUCAAGAGGAGGCCAGGAACGAAGACCUAAGCUGCCUGCCUUCUGUGCAUGUUGAGGAUAUCCCGCGAGAAAAGGAGCGAAAACCAUUACGCCACACCGAUUUGGAUGGUGUAAAGGUUCAGUGGCGCGAGGCUCCUACAAACGGUCUGACAUACUUCCGUGCGGUACACAGGCUGCAAGACCUCCCAGACGAGUUACGAGAGAUGAUUCCGCUCUUCACAAGUGCUAUUAUGCGUCUUGGCACCAAGGACAAGACAAUGGAGCAGCUCGAGGAACAGAUCAAACUCAAGACGGGCGGUAUCACUGUCGGUUACCACUCGUCUCAAUCACCAUUGUCACUCGAUGCCUACGAGGAGGGCAUGGCCUUCUCUGGCUACGCCUUUGAUCGCAACAUUCCUGACAUGUACGAGCUUCUUCGAACAAUUAUUCAAGAAACGGACUUUGACGGCCCUGAAGCCGAGAAGAAGAUCCGGGAAUUACUGCAGAGUGCAGCAAGUGGCGCAAUCAGUUCCAUUGCCGAGUCUGGUCAUUCUUAUGCCAUGCGAUUUGCCGAGGCUGGUAUAACUCCUGUGGGGCGUCUGGCGGAAGAGACAGGAGGUCUUACUCAGAUCAAGCUCAUGACCGCAUUGGCGUCGCAAGAGUCGCUGAGUGAUGUCAUUCAGAAGCUCAAGGCCAUUCAGUCCUUCACCAUCGCAAACAGUAACCAACUCCGCGUUGCGCUCAACUGUGGGAGUGAGAGUUCAACGCCCAACCAAGAAGCGCUCAGCCGGUUCUUGAGCACUCUACCAAAGAACGUGUCAGUCCCAAAGACAUCACAACAGAAGCAGUAUCCUCGAAACGCAAAGUCAUUCUUUCCCCUGCCUUACCAAGUCUACUACUCGGCUCGCGCUGUCCCCACAGUGCCCUACACCCACGCUUCUAGCGCCCCCCUCGAAAUUCUCUCCAAGAUGCUCACCUUCAAGCAACUGCAUCCUGAGAUUCGUGAGAAGGGUGGUGCCUAUGGAGGUGGUGCCUACGCCCGCGGUCUCGGUGGUCUUUUCGGCAUGUACUCAUACCGCGACCCCAAUCCGCAAAACAGCAUGAAGAUUAUGGCUGAGGCCGGACAAUGGGCGCGCGAUCGCGCAUGGACAGCUCAAGAUCUCGAAGAAGCCAAGCUCAGCGCUUUCCAGGGUCACGACGCUCCACAGAGCGUCAGCCGCGAAGGUAUGCGCGAGUUCCUCUCCGGCGUCACUGACGACAUGCUGCAAACGCGGCGCGAGCGUCUCCUCGACGUCACAGCCGAGCAAGUACAAGCCGUCGCCGACGAAUUCCUCGUCCAGCGCGCCCAAGAGAGCAGCAUUGCUAUUCUUGGUGAGCGAAAAGAAUGGGUCAAAGAAUCUGAUGGCUGGCAGUUUAGAGACAUGGGCAUGUCGGAUGCUGCCAAAGCAGCAGAAGAGGCAGAAGGUGUCCCGCAAAAGGACCAUGGCGUUCCAGCCAUCGCUAGCUAAAGCCUGGUCCAUGGUUAUUACGCCCUUUUUAUGACGAUUGUAUAGUAAAAAUGUAAGAUUAUGUGAAGAUUAGAAACUAGCAUUACUGGCGUUGCGUACCUGGGGGAGCAAGUAGAAUGCAUAGCGCUGGUUCUGAGUUCCCUUUU